AUGAUCUGCCGACGCUGCCGGACCAGCAUCCUCUCCCAGCUCCAGCCGCAAUCCUCAGUUUCGUGGACCGCGUCGUCAUGCACCCGCACGCUGCCCAUCCAGCGGGUCCAAUUCCGGACCUACAGUGACGGCAAGCCCUCAGUAUCGGCCGCCCCUCCUCCCCCGGCCCCGCGCCAGCCCAUCGGCGGCGACAUCUCGAUCCCCUCGGCCAUCUCGUCCGCUACCCCCGGCGUGUCGCAGCCCUUGAGUACCCCCGAGGGCGUGCAAGCGCCCGUCAACCCGGAGAAGCCCACGAAGCCGGCGGUCGAGCGGCCGGCUAGUAUUGCCCCGGCGGGAACAAAGUUGAACGGACUCAACUACUUCAAGAACAAGCCGGAUGUUUUUGCCCUGGAGGACGCGGAGUAUCCCGAGUGGCUGUGGUCGUUGCUGGAGGAGGGUUCGAAAUCGAAGAAGGAGGGCGGGGUCGACCCGAGCACCUUGAAUAAGAAGCAGCGCAAACGGUAUGAGAAGAAGAUGGCUGCCCGCGCGGCGACCCUGCCGCCCCAGAUCCCGGUCCAUCAACAUGCUACCGAUAUCACACCGGCGCCUUAUAACCGCGGCGAGGCGGCCGUGGAAGAUCUCCUGGUCGAGGCGACGGAGAGUAUCGAGAAGCGCACGGAGAUCACACGCAGUGCGAGAGAUGCUCGGAGGAAGGCCAUCCGGGAAGCCAACUUCCUGCGUGGUCUGUGA